AUGAGCCCAACCCUAGCGGAGUCGCCAAGUUUCAGGGUGGCCGCUGAGCAAGCUCGCACCACCACCGAAGCGGACAUCCAAAAGGUUUGCUCAGAAGAUGGCCGAGUAUGGAGCGGCAAUUCGAAGCUUGAAGUCAGGCCAGCCCACAUCGGCGACCCGGAAAUGGGCCAGCUACAGAACUCCACAACUUUGGAGGGCCAGCAAGCGGGGUGGACACAGAGUCUCGAAGCUCUCGUGGCUGGAGAUAUGAGCCUAGAGGAGGAGACCGCGACUCUGAGAGAGGUAUGA